GCACGGCGUGAGUCAUAGCCGCCUAGACUUCACCCAGAAAACUCCGACCCCCAAAACAAAAGCCUCUCGCCGAUGAUUUUCAUUCUACAAAAAAACUUCUCUCUCUCCUCCUUCUCCGUCUCCUCCUCCAACUCUCCUUCUUCAAAUCAUGGCGUAGAAAUUACAUCUUCUAUAUAUAUCACCACACCCUAGUACCUUCCUUUCCGUUUUCUCCUUGUAUAACCCUACCUUUGCAUGUAUGCAUUUUCCCUGAAUUGACGGAAUCGGUGGGGUUCUCGCGGCUAUUACGACGGGAUCUUCGCAGAUCUGGCUUUGAUUUGGAUCAAGGGUUUUGUGUUUCACGGAGUUCUUUGAAGCUAAACUGCUCUUGAUGGAUAAUGACCAUUCCGAUGGAUAACAGUGUCGAUCAUUCAUCUCGUGAGCGUGUUCAACGCCUCUUUAACAAGAAUGUUGAAUUAGAGAAUAAGCGUAGGAAAGCAGCACAAGCCAGAAUUCCUUCUGACCCAAAUUCAUGGCAACAAAUGCGUGAAAAUUAUGAAGCUAUUAUCCUUGAGAAUCAUGCUUUCUCUGAGCAACAUGAAAUAGAGUAUGCAUUGUGGCAGUUGCAUUACAGGAGAAUUGAGGAAUUACGUGCAUACUUGAAUGCUGCUUUAUCUGCUUCUGGAUCAACCACAUCUCAAAAUGGGAAAGGUCCUAGUCGAGGUGGGCCUGAUCGAAUCACAAAGAUUCGCACACAAUUUAAGACAUUCCUGUCUGAAGCAACAGGAUUUUACCAUGAUUUGAUGUUGAAAAUUAGGGCGAAGUAUGGUCUGCCACUAGGAUAUUUCUCUGAUGAUCCUGAAAACCAAAUUCCGUCGUCUAAAGAUGGAAGUAAAUCUGCUGACAUGAAGAAAGGUUUAAUAUCCUGCCACCGUUGUCUGAUUUAUCUCGGUGAUCUUGCUCGUUACAAAGGUUUAUAUGGCGAAGGUGAUUCUAAAGCUCGAGAUUUUUCAGCAGCAUCAAGCUAUUACAUGCAAGCUUCCUCGCUUUGGCCUGCAAGUGGCAAUCCUCAUCAUCAGCUCGCAAUCUUGGCUUCCUACUCGGGUGAUGAAUUGGUUGCAAUUUAUCGAUAUUUUCGAAGUCUUGCUGUAGAGAACCCCUUCACCACUGCAAGGGACAACUUGAUUAUUGCAUUUGAGAAGAAUCGACAGAACUAUUCGCAGCUUUUGGGAGAUGCUAAAUCCUCUGUCAAAGUUGCACCUGCACGUGUAUCUGGGAAAGGAAGAGGUAAGGGAGAUGCAAGAUUUCCACAAAAAGAAGAAAGGGUUGAAGCCAAUCCAGUUAAGGAAAGAGCAUCAAGUAUAUCCGAUAUUUUCAAAAUUUUCAGCACAAGAUUUGUCCGAUUAAAUGGCGUUCUGUUUACACGCACAAGCUUGGAGACAUUUGGAGAAGUGCUUUCAGUGGUUAAAAAUGAUUUACUUGAGCUUCUUUCUUCUGGACCGGAUGAGAAGUACAGUUUUGGUUCAGAUGCUGCUGACUGCAGGCUUGCAGUAGUUAGGCUUGUUGCUAUCCUUAUAUUCACUGUGUACAAUGUGAAUAGGGAAGCUGAAAAUCAGUCAUAUGCUGAGAUUCUUCAGCGCUCAGUUCUUCUACAGAAUGCGUAUACUGCUGUUUUUGAGUUUAUGGGUCAUGUGGUUGAGAGGUGUGGUCAAUUAAAUGACCCCUCAGCAAGCUUCCUACUGCCAGGUGUUAUGAUUUUCGUAGAAUGGUUAGCCUGCCAUGAAGAUAUUGCUGUAGGUAAUGAGCCAGAAGAAACACAAGCAAAUGCUAGAUCCUUUUUCUGGAACAAUUGCAUCACCUUUUUAAAUAAGCUGCUAUCAAGUGGGUCAAAGUUUGUUGAUGAAGAUGAGGAUGAAACAUGUUUCUUCAAUAUGAGCAAGUAUGAUGAAGCUGAGACUGCCAAUCGUCUUGCAUUGCCUGAGGACUUUGAACUUAGAGGAUUUCUUCCUCUUGUUCCUGCACAGCUUAUACUUGACUUCUCAAGGAAGCAUUCAUUGGGUGGUGAUGUUGGCAGUAAAGAAAGAAAAGCGAGAAUCCAGAGGCUUGUAGGGGCUGGUAAGGCUCUUGCUAGUGUGGUUAGAGUAGGAGGAGAUGGAGUUUACUUUGAUACGAAAGCAAAGAAGUUUGUUAUUGGCACUAAGCCACAAAUUUCUGAUGAUUAUUGGCUUAGUAGCACUUUGGAAGAUCCCACAUUGAGUGGAGUUGAACAAGAGAAUCCGGUUGGAGGACAAAUGGUUCUCGGAGCCUUGUCCCCUAAACCACAGUUGUUCAUAGAAGGUGAAGAAGAAGAUGAGGUGAUUGUGUUUAAGCCAUCCAUAAAUGAGAAACAUAUGGAUGGAUUCUCUUCAAAUAUGAUUACUUCACAUGUUCCAGUAUCUAGUGUUACAACCGUGAACGCACCUCUUCCUGCUGUUAAUGUGUCGGGGGUUGAUUUAGGAAUUGAUAUGGGAGUGUUUUCAUCUGGACUUGAUGGAUUGCUUAUGCAAAAUGGUUUCAAUCCUAGCUUAAGGCUGCCUACCAGUGUUGUUAAUAACAAUACCCAUUAUGUGUCAUCAAUCCAACCAAGUUCUUCUAUAUGGUCGUCGGAACAAAGCAGUGUUACCAAUGGAUUGGCCCACUUGAAUUUAAUGGAAAAUGGGUCUGCUAAGUCUGAGAUGCAGGAUCAUUCUGGACUAAUGCAGACUGCUGCAUAUUCAGUCCCCUUUCCACAGUCACUUAAUUUUACUACUGCUGAUAAUAUUCCCAUCCAGUUUUCUGAGGUUUGUGUUCCAUCAAAGUUAAAUUCAAUUUCAGUAGCUGGUUUGGAUUGCAUGGCAGUGAAGUCUUCAUCCAUCAUCUCUACUGGCUCAAAGAAAAAUCCAGUAAGUCGACCUAUUAGACACAGGGGUCCACCUCCUGGAUUUGGUUCUGUUCCUCCUAAAGUCAUGGAUGACUCAUCCUCAGCCAUGACCUUGAAGAAUGAAAAUGCACAUGCUCUCCCAAUGGAUGACUAUAGUUGGCUUGAUGGCUAUCAGUUACCUUCAACAAACCAAAGCUCAGGAUACAGUACUAUUAAUCAAUCAGUGCAGGCAAGUCAACCUCCCAACUGCAGCAACUCUAUGGGGAUGGCUAGCUUUCCUUUCCCUGGGAAACAAGUAUCACCACUGUAUGUCCAGGCUGACAACCAGAAAGGCUGGCCAGACUUUCAGAUGUCCGAACAAAUGAAACUAUAUCAGGAACAACAGCAACAACUUCAGAGAGGAAAUCAACAGACUGUUGCACUGCCUCAGCAGUAUCAGGGGCAGUCUCUGUGGGAAGGUCGUUUCUUCGUGUGAGACGAAUAUGGAAUUUUAGAUGUUUUGUACUUACUGUGGUGAAUGUCCAAUGGUCCAUUGCUAUGAAGUUCAACCAUCAUGUUUGCAGUUUGGGCAAUGUUAUUAAGGUUUUUUAUGCUGCAUGGAUGGUCUGAGAUUGUUGCAGGCACUUGCUGUUGAAGAGCAGCUUGUGCCAAGCUUUCCAGACUGGAUGAGUGGAGGUUGUGGCAUCAAUAGGGUACAGGAAUUGGUAACUUUGAAAUUUAUGAGCCUUUACCUGGUUGAAUUGUUAUGCACAAGGGAUCAUAUGAGAUUUUGAUGGAUAGCUGGUUGGGAGUCGGGAUGGAAGGAAGUUCCAGAAAAUCUACCUAGCUGAUAGGUGUGCUACAUGCAAUGCAUCGAUGGGCAAUUUGAACUGUUUAUACACUAUAUAUGUGUCUGGCAGUUCCCAUGUCUGCUGUUAUCUGAUGAGAGCUUUGAUACAGAGAUUAUGUGGAAGGAUUAAAAAAAAUCAUGGAUGCCAAUAAAUAUGCGAUCAUGGACGCAUUUUAUAUUUCAACUUUUACUGGUUGAUGUAUUGCCUCUUGGUGGCAAUAUAUACAUACUACUACUACUAUUGUUUAGACUACUGUUUUUUUCUUUUUGUUGGUGUUUUUCACUAAGCUAUGCUAUGCUAAUUACAUUACGUAUCUGAACUUUGUUUGGUGCUUUUGUUUUUAUGUUGAAUGCCUGCCUGUCCACAAUAA